AUGGGUGAAUCGAGCAUCAGCUGUGCGCCAUCAUGUCCUCUCGAAAGCCUUCCCGCAGAUCUGCUCCUAGCGAUUCUUCCUUUUCUGGAGUCUUUGCGCGACUUUGGCGCGCUCAUCAACGCCUCUCCCUCGCUGCGGAGAUUCUUUGUGGCGGAACAGCGGCGCGUCAUCCAACAGAUUGUCCACUGCGAUGCUGCCCCCAUGAUAAAAGGUGCCGUGGCACUUGCCGUCACCCCGAGAGCCAGCACAUCUCUCAGUGUGCAUGCAACGGACGUGGUGGGCGCUACCAAGGCAUACGCAAGUUUUCGAGAAUACCUCGACGCAAAUGCGGUCGACACAUCUAUCGUAUCUGCUGACCACUUGACCACGGCUAUUGAAUGCGACGCGGUCGCUCGAGACUUUGCCGACCUCUUUGCCGUGGUCCAGCGACACCAGCUACGGGCUGUUGACUCGAAGGCAGCCAACGCGGUCACAACAGACGAACGAGACCGUAUCGCCCUGGCUUGCUUGCGGUAUCAGUUGCUCACGCAAACUAUUUGUGCCCGGAUGGAGCAAAUCGCCGGGAUCCACGACUUCAUGGGCAGACUGCACGGAUUCUUGGUCUCAUACGAUGACACAAUCGAGCCGAACACGCAGCAUGAAGUCUACGAUGUUGAAAUGUUCCGACAAACACUCAGGCGUGCACUCCGCAGAGGUCCAGAAACUGUUAAAAUCUUCGCCGCUGCAUUGAAAGACGUGAAACAUGUUUCAGCGCCCGAAUAUAUCAAAGGAGGUUACCACGUACCCAGCGACGUGAUUCCGGAGGUGCUCCGACGGCGGAACGUAACCGUGUACUCGGCGCUGUCUCAUGAUUAUAACGUCAGGAGGCUGCGAGAUGCUAUCUAUCGCCAUGAAGAGAGCCUACCUGCCAUCACCACUGGUGGCUCGGCAAUUGGUCCUUCUUUCGCGCCAUUUGCGUUUGAUCCUGGCGUUGGAAAGAUCGAUGCCGUCGUAGACAAGUUCUCGUAG